AUGAGAGCAGUUCUUUGCGCACUCGCAUGCGCUCUUCCGUUCGCAUUAUCAAGAGAUCUCAUCCGUGUCCUGGCCCGCAACGCACAAGGCUUCAAUCCGGCCUCACUACCGCAAUCGGGCCAAGGACAGACCGGCAAUCCGCUUUCAUCGAUCUGGCGCAAGAUCGAGGAGAGCUUUCCCCGGCCGAGCGGCAGUAUGCCCACUUUCGGUAGCGGUUUCCCCAACUUCGGCAGUGGGUUUCCAGGGUUCGGCUCAGGUAUGGGUAUGCCCGGGAACACGAAGCCUACUGGUCAGAGUUCCUCGAGCGAGGGCGGUAUGCCGACGCUCUCGAGUAUGAUGGGCAGUAAUGGUCUGUCUGCCAGUCCGAGGGGUGGAUCGGGCGGCGGAAGCGACGGCGGCGGCGGCGGCGGUUCUGGUGGCGGCAACGAUGCGGCUACAGUCAAGCAAGUCUCUUUGCAAGAGCACAACGAUUUUCGAGCAAAGCAUGAGGCAGGUCCGUUGACAUGGGAUCAAAAUCUUGCCGAUGCAUGUGCCUCCUGGAUCACGUCUUGCAGCUACUCGCACUCCCCACAAGCAGAGGCAGGUCAAUACGGCGAGAACAUCGCUUGGGGUCAAGGUUUUCAAACGCUGCCUCUCAUGAAUCUCUGGGAACGAGAGGGCGCUCCACCGGGCGUGCUGAACCAUUAUACCGCUAUGGUUUGGAAAGCGACGACGACGCUUGGCUGUGCUCAGCAAGUCUGUCCGGAUAGCUACAACUAUCUGUGCUGUCAUUACGGUCCCCAAGCAGGCAACAUCGAGGGCCAGGAAGCCCAAAAUGUAUCUUGA